UAGGGCAUGAACUCAGCAUCCAGGCUCCAGCUAAAGCCCUUUUCUACCAGCCAGCAGCCCAGAGACAUGCCCUCCCAACGUAAAAGCCAGCACUGUUGCCUCUUCCCCUCCAAACUCCUUCCUCAAAGUGUGCACAGUUUGGUAGGCUUGUCAAAGCCAACUGUAAAGAUAGCUGGGGAAGAAAAGGAAGCUGCCUCCCCCUGAGCAAAGAACGCAACAAGCAAGCCUGCCAUCUGCACUGGAGAGGUUUGGUUUGCUUCCUGGACAUUUCUGAAAUGACUUGCCCUUCUCCUCAUUUAUUUUAAGCCCUAGGCGCUUUUCAUACCAUGAUUUAAUCUUCUUUAGCAGCCUGGAAAAAUACAAAUCAAUUAAAGCCUAAAACCUGUGGGUAAUCAUUUUUUUUCUCCCUCCUCCAGAUCGAAAAGUGCCCGUACCCUGUGCCUUUUAUCCACACUAAUUUGGCUGCAGUGGCUCUCAUUCAAGGGCCGAUCACUUCGGAUAGCUUAUUACAGCUCCUCUCAUGACAUUCGUGGUGUGCAUGUCACAAGUUACUAGGAUCAAGAGUGGAGUCAGUUUUGCUCUCAGGGGCUCUUGGGGCCACCAGCCAAGAUUCCUCCUCUCCUGUAAAUGACCACAGAGGAAGACAAUGAAUGAAGUGAAAGAAUGCCUCCGCGGCAUCGAGCAGAAGUACAAGCUCUUCCAGCAGCAGCAGUUCACUUUCAUCGCUGCACUGGAGCACUGCAGGGAGAACGCCCACGACAAGAUCCGGCCCAUCUCUAGCAUAGGACAGGUGCAGAGCUACAUGGAGCACCACUGCAACAACUCCACGGACCGGCGGGUUCUGCUCAUGUUCCUGGACAUCUGUUCAGAGCUGAGUAAGCUCUGCCAGCACUUUGAGGCUGUGCACUCUGGCACCCCAGUCACCAACAACCUCCUCGAGAAAUGCAAAACCCUUGUGAGCCAAAGCAACGACUUAAGCAGCCUCAGAGCAAAAUACCCUCAUGACGUGGUGAACCACCUCAGCUGUGACGAGGCUCGGAACCACUACGGAGGUGUGGUCAGCCUCAUCCCCAUCAUCCUGGACUUAAUGAAAGAAUGGAUCGCCCACUCCGAGAAGUUGCCCCGCAAGGUGCUGCAGCACGUGAGUGAGCCCCAGCUGUGCCAGGAGAGUACCAGGGGAGCCGCUCGUCCUUCCCGGGCCACAGGCACCCAGCUCGGGGCCACUAAAUUCAAGUGUAGACCGCUCACAAAAGGCCGCCUCAAACCCAGGGGGAAAGACAAAGGACGUGCAAAACCACCCUGGAGGCCUCCUGGUGGGAAACUGUAACGCAGCCAGGGAGCCCCGUCGCUCCGUCGGUGGGGGGCUUUGCUAUUUAAUUUGGAUGUUACCGGUUGGUCCUUUUUCAUUGGCACCCACCGUUCUUGCCACUUAUUAACCCCAAAGGGAAUUGGCCAAUACAUUACUGAGACCACCCCCCACUCUGGCUUUAACUUCUGACGUUUCUGAUUCUACGCAUCCGGCUCUGUGCUGAUGAAGAGGAAACCCACUUACAGGAGCUGCCCAAACAGGGUGGCAUGGUAGCAGGUCCCAGGAAGGCACUGAACUGUCACCUAGGUCCUCUGUGAGCCACAUCCGGCUCCAGUGCCAGGCCUGUCCCUGCUGUGGGCUGCAGCUUUGCAGUGAGCCAUUUAGCUGGAGACCAUUGCUCCUUGCUCCACCACCAGCCCCAACUGUAGUCCUGUAGUCAAGGCACACGCUGUCUGCCAGCCAGGGAUGCGCCCCUCCGGGAUGGAGAGGGGGUCAGCGUGUGGAACUCGGUGUGUUUAUUUUUAUUUUUUGAGAGAGAGUCUCA